AUGUGGGUACUGCAACACCAUACAACACCUUUGACCAUUCGCCACAGGAAAGCNGGCAAACCAUCUGGGAACCCCGACCAGACCACCCUGAGCUCCCAAUUUUCCCACAGCCUGUGCGAUCUUUGUACCGUGGGGGUGAGUGGGGAUACACUAAACUUGUUGCUUCAAAGGAGAAACUUACACUUUCUUAUGUGGGAAACCACGAUGGCGAGGUGCAUGAUAUGGUUGAGAUUUUGGUGUCGGGCCAAGUUCUCAAUGGUGGUAGUAGUAGUGCUGGCAGUGACACUAAAGCCCAAGGGUGAGAGGGAGUCUAGACUUUCAUGGUUUGUUAAGGGCGCCGCCAUCCUGGUUGGAGUUUUCGUUGGAUGUGUUCUUGGGUUCGUAUUACGUGCUAGGAGAGACACUGCCGCAGCGUUAAUUUUUCUGAAAUCUGAAAAGGAUGAGGGUGCUUAUUGCUAUUUUUACUUCAGAAGCAUGGAAACUAGAGACAAGAACCCUGUCUACAAGCUUCCUCUACAUUCGCUUUUUAUUCUGAGUAUUUCAUGGGCAGAUUCUGAAUUGGAGGGGGGUAUCGGGUCUAUAGGUAAUGCUGAUACUUGA